AUGACACCCCACGACCACACCCUCUUCACAACAGUCCCCUACACCUCCGACAUCCCAUUCCCAGACCACGACGACCUCGAUUUCUCGCUCAGUGACGUGUUCGCCACGGGAAUGCUCGAGCAUGCGCCGCACUGGGACCUGGACCUGGACAUGGCGGGAAAACCGGCGGGAGAAUUCCCCGUGCCGACUGACUUUGGGUUUAAUUAUCCGGUGGAUUUGGUGGAGCUGGGAUGGGAGGGGGAAUCAAACACAAGAACCCAACCCAACAACAGCAGCAACAGCAUUAAGCACGCUCCUCCGCUCAACCUCCUACCAAGCCACCCAGCGAGCCCUGUACAUGACCACGCCCACACCCACAACACCAACCGCAACACCAACCACUCCGAAAGAAGGCCCAGUCCCCCCCACCACCACCACCACCACAACAAUAACAGCGCAAUCUACCCUCCCAGCUCACCCACAACCCCUCCCGACACAAUCUCCAGCGACACCGAGAGCAUAUCCUUCGGACCGCGCACGCCGCCCUCGCACAGCUACACACCCACCUACACAUUCAACACGGACUACCACAACUCCCCCAAUCUAAAAAAGCGCAAAGGGCUCCACCAUCACCACCACACAUACACAUACAAUUACCCAGAACCAAGCGGAGACGACGGGGAAGAGUUCUCGCUCGGCGUUUUACCCGAGGACCCUGUCUUCUACCCUUCUACCACUACUAGUACUGGUAGUGGACACCAUCAGAACCCGAAACGCCGACGUUCUGCCGUGGAUGCACGUUCUCCAUCUCCGCCGUCUCAACCGUCUCCGUACCAAGAAUCGCAACCACAACCACAACCAGAAGCAGAAGCAGAGCACGAUAUUUUCACACCCCUAGAAAUGCCCGACGGCAGCACGCGCUUCACCUCCAACUGGUUGCCCGUGGACCCGUCCGGCGGAUUCACGAUUUGUCCGGAUCCGUUGGCAGCGGGGGGUUGGGGCGAGGCGUUUGUGAGCGUUGAUGGGUGA